CUCGCCUCCAUGGUGACCGGUGCACGUGACCCGGAAGUGGCGGAAGGAGGAAAAGAAUGGCCGCGGUGUGGUUGUCACUUUGUCGGCGGGGCGUGAGAGAGGGGAAGGUCCUCAGCUCUGCCCUGUCUGUCUCCCGGGCGAUUACCCCCCAUGUCUGCUCUGGUCCACUUUAUUUAAAAAGGGGUCCUGAGCCCCAAUCGCACAGACUCUGCACUUCCUCCGCAUCAACUGAAUCCAGUGAAGACCAGUUUUUGAAAUGGUUUCUGCUGCUUAUACCUGUUGCCACCUUUAGCCUGGGCACCUGGCAGGUUCAGCGACGGAAGUGGAAGCUGAAACUCAUAGAGCAACUGGCGUCUCAAGUUAACGCUACACCAAUCCCUCUUACAACUGACCCAGCAGAACUGGAAAAAUUGGAGUAUCAUCCUGUGAAGGUGAGAGGUUACUUUGAUCACUCCAAGGAGCUGUAUAUACAGCCCCGCACACUGAUGGACCCAGCGAAGGAGGCUCGAGAGGCCGGGCAGAUCACAUCAAACACUGAGAGUGGGGCCCAUGUGAUCACCCCAUUUUACUGUACUGACUUAGGAGUGACAAUCCUGGUAAACCGGGGUUUUAUCCCCAGAAAGAAGAUCAAUCCUGAGACACGGAUAAAGGGGCAGGUAGAAGGAGAAGUGGAUUUAAUCGGUAUUGUGAGACAUUCAGAGAAGCGCAAGCCAUUUGUUCCAAAAAAUGAUCCUGAGAGAAAUAGAUGGCAUUACCGGGAUGUGGAAGCCAUGGCAAAACUGACUGGGGCAGAGCCUAUACUUGUUGAUGCCAGUCUGGCCAACACAGUUCCUGGUGGACCCAUUGGAGGACAGACGAGGGUAACAUUGAGGAAUGAGCACAUGCAGUACAUUGUUACAUGGUAUGGUCUCUCUGCUGCCACUACAUUUAUGUGGUUCAAGAAAUUCAUACAGAAAGUUCCACUUUAGCUGAUGAACAUUCUAAAAAACAAUCAUAAAUACAAGACAGUAUGUGGCUCUGAACUGACAUAGAUCACUGAUGUGUGGUUAGAAUGGACAAGGACUGACUGUUGGAAGGAGGCAGAGAAUUACUAUUAUGUAUAAUUUCUGGACGUUCUAAAUUAUAUAUUCUGUCAUUAUUAAGAUCUAACUGAAUUGUGCUCAUUUUGGGUUUCAGUAAACAGGUGUAUGUAUAAACAUGGGUAAGGGACAAUAGCAACCUUUAUUUUUGCAGUGUGUGAAAUGAGUAUGCCCAAUUUAUAUUAAAGUAUUUUACUUUCCUAUGAAA